AGCCGGGCCGGGCGGGCCAGGAGGAGGAGGAGGAGGAGGAGCUGGGCGGGCUGGCGGGCGGCCGGGCGGCGGCAUGGCGGAGCCGAGUGGGGCUGAGACGAGGCCCCAGAUUCGGGUCACCGUCAAGACCCCCAAGGACAAGGAGGAGAUCGUGAUCUGCGAUCAAGCCUCGGUCAAGGAGUUCAAGGAGGAAAUCUCCCGGAGGUUUAAGGCUCAGCAGGAUCAGCUGGUCCUGAUCUUCGCAGGCAAGAUCCUCAAGGAUGGAGACACACUGAACCAGCAUGGGAUCAAGGACGGGCUCACGGUUCAUCUAGUCAUCAAAACCCCUCAGAAGACUCAAGAUCCAGUGACUACUACUGCUUCCCCCCCAUCCACUCCUGACUCUGCCUCAGCACCCUCCACCACGCCUGCCUCGCCUGCCGCCCCUGUCCAGCCCUGCAGCUCUGGCAAUACCACUUCAGAUGCUGGCAGUGGAGGGGGGCCUUCUCCAGUGGCGGCAGAGGGACCCUCAAAUGCUACUGCAUCAAUUCUUUCUGGCUUUGGGGGCAUCCUGGGCCUGGGCAGCCUGGGCCUGGGCUCUGCCAACUUUAUGGAGCUACAGCAACAGAUGCAGCGGCAGCUCAUGUCCAAUCCUGAGAUGCUGUCGCAGAUCAUGGAGAACCCCCUGGUCCAGGAUAUGAUGUCAAACCCUGACCUGAUGCGCCACAUGAUCAUGGCUAACCCCCAGAUGCAACAGCUGAUGGAGAGGAACCCCGAGAUCAGUCACAUGCUCAACAACCCGGAGCUCAUGAGGCAGACAAUGGAGCUUGCUCGUAACCCAGCCAUGAUGCAAGAAAUGAUGCGGAACCAGGACCGGGCCCUCAGCAACCUGGAAAGUGUCCCGGGAGGGUAUAAUGCCCUCCGCCGCAUGUACACGGACAUCCAGGAACCCAUGUUCACUGCUGCCCGGGAACAGUUUGGCAACAAUCCCUUCUCUUCCCUGGCCGGGAACUCCGACAACUCAUCCUCCCAACCUCUUCGGACUGAGAAUCGAGAGCCCCUCCCUAACCCCUGGAGCCCCUCGCCCCCCACCUCCCAGGCCCCCGGGUCCGGUGGGGAGGGCACCGGAGGAUCGGGGACCAGCCAGGUGCACCCGACAGUCUCGAACCCCUUUGGGAUCAAUGCGGCUAGCCUGGGGUCAGGGAUGUUCAACAGCCCAGAAAUGCAGGCGCUGCUCCAGCAGAUUUCUGAAAACCCCCAGCUGAUGCAGAAUGUCAUCUCGGCCCCUUACAUGCGCACCAUGAUGCAGACGCUUGCCCAGAACCCUGACUUUGCUGCUCAGAUGAUGGUGAAUGUGCCGCUGUUUGCAGGGAAUCCACAACUCCAGGAGCAGCUGCGCCUGCAGCUCCCUGUAUUUCUGCAGCAGGUGAGUGAGGGGCACAAAGGGGACCUGGAAGCCCCAUGGCUUCCAGUUGCCAUCUUUGUCUCCCAACAGAUGCAGAACCCAGAGUCUCUCUCCAUCCUCACCAACCCACGGGCCAUGCAAGCCUUGCUGCAGAUCCAGCAGGGGCUGCAGACCCUCCAGACUGAAGCCCCUGGGCUAGUACCCAGCCUUGGCUCCUUUGGGACACCCCGGACCUCGGUACCUUUGGCAGGCAGCAACUCUGGAUCUGCAGUCGAGGCCCCCACUGCUUCCCCGGACACACCAGCCACAACUCCUCCCAGUGCGGGUUCCAAUACCCAGCAGCAACUCAUGCAGCAGAUGAUCCAACUUUUGUCUGGAAGUGGGAACUCACAGGUUCCAGUGCCAGAAGUGAGAUUUCGACAGCAGCUGGAGCAGCUCAACUCCAUGGGCUUUGUCAACCGUGAGGCCAACCUACAGGCCCUGAUUGCCACAGGAGGGGACAUCAAUGCGGCUAUUGAGAGACUCCUGGGAUCCCAGCUCUCUUGACCCCUUGGCUUGUGCCUCUUUUGUUCCCCACCUCUCAGCGCCAGCCUUUGGCUCCUGUCAAGCCCUACCUUCUAUAGUCUGUCUUCUUUGAUCCCUACGAACAGCAGGGUGACUGCCGAGGCCUGUGCCCAACCCAUAGCUCUGUCCAAGGAUUUUGAUUUGUUGUUGUCUCAUGAAAUCUCUCCUGGUCCUCUUGGAGCAGAGCUAUCUAGUGUGCACAGUGUGUCAGUUGGCCACACCUCCUUGCCCGCAAGUACUUUGGCAGCGGGACUGAGAGGAGGACCCAGUCUGGCUAACCGGAAGUCUUCCAUCGGUACCACUAGAGUUUAGCUUGCCUUACAUGUACUCCUCUUCUCCCGCCCUCACCUCAGCCCAACCAGUGUUUGAAUUUCACUCUUUGGCCAGGCGCUGGUGACACUGUGGUUUUCUCUCUCUACACCUAUACUGGUUCGACCAGCACUUUUUCAUGGGCUCCUUUGGGACUCUGAGGCAGGGAAAAAGAUACCUAUCCUUCUGUCCAAAGGGAGCAGUGAGUCAGCACUCUGGGCAGGAUUAUCAAGAUCAAACAGGACCAGUGGGGCCCGGUGCUGAAGAGCAACAGCUGAGAGUCCUUGGAAGCAGGGACUCGGGGGACAGCCUGAGCGGGUUCAGAAGUCAGUCUAGAGACACCCACAGAUUUCACGGUGGAGAAGGCAGGCUCAGGCCUGACGGAAGAAGAGAGACUAAUGAACUUUGAACUGAAGAGAGGAGCUCAACAAAGCUGCCCAGGAAUCAGACUGGCUCCACUGUUUCCAAAUAUCAUGCCCUCACACACACUCAUGAGCCCAGCCUUCAGGCUCCACUCCAGACCCGAUGGGGUUCUCAGCUCUAUAGGACAUCUGUAUAAGUGAAUACAUGCAGGUUGGGGAGGUUGUUCCUCGUUGAUUUGUGUUUCACAACUUUGUCAACAGAGGGAGCUGGGACCCUUGGUCUCUGGAUCUGGGGUAACCAGAAAGCAUAUUGGGUAAUUCUUCUAGUGGUAAUGGCUCCAACUGGUACCCGGCCACCUCGGUGAAAGAAUAGUGAGGUUUCUCUCCCAGAGCUCCUGCCUUUCAGUUCCUCACUGGUUCCUUUUAGGCCACAAAGUUCUAUUUGAGGAGAGGUAGAAAGGCAGAUGCCUUUGGUAUGGAAUUGGGCUUUGCUCAACUAGAGUACCGAGGAAGCUCUCACCACAUUCUCUCUGCCUAUGGUCCAGGUACUUGGAGGACCCCUGGCUGAGAGGCAGAGGUGAGAAAAGGCACCCUGCUUGGUCCCAAGCAGUUCAGACAUGCCUUCCUCUUCCCCUCCCAACACCCACCCUGGCCUUUGUAAAUAAAUAAUGUGGUUUUUGUGAGAUUAUAUUGGUGUUUGUUUUCUGAGGGAGGAAUCAUGCUGAAGACACACCACUGUCUGUCUGGAAUUGGGCUUGGGUUUGAUGUUCUAAGAGGAUGUCACUGAAAUCCAAGCUUUAAUAAAGAACAGAAGUAAUAGAA